AUGGGCGCUGCAACGUCGACAGGCUUAGUAGAUUCCGUGCUGGAUGGAGACAUUCAGCAGCUCAAAAGGAUUCUCCACACUCACGAGGCAGAUAUUUCGGAUUCUGCUUCCACGAUGUGGGAAUUGGAGCUGGAAGAGGCUGUGCAUACUGUAGUAGCCUUGGAACUCGAGUCAGGUCAGCAUCUCCAACAGCUGCAGAUCGCCUUGGAGCUGUUGCUGCAUGCUCGACCGGAAGCUUGGAGCUCCACAGCUUCCAGUCAAGAUUUGAGUGAAGUCAACGGCGCUAGAAACUCGGCAGGGUGGACAGCUUGUCAUCGAGCGUGUGCUACGGGGAAUCUGGCCUUUGUGACGUUCGUACUGCAGCAUUAUCCGGCGCAGUUCGAGAUCCAGAUUCGUGACGCAUUUGGCCUCUUCCCCAUCGACUUGGUGCCGCCAGAGCUGCUCAUGAGCGCGGAGGAGAUAGCAGAUAAUCUCCGAGGGGAACCUGACACGAAGAAGCCCGAGACGGCGCGUGCUCGUCGAUGUCUCGCGCUCCAGCGUCUACGAGAACUCAAGACGAAGCUACAGGACGAGCAAGUGCGCAGGCUUGUGAGCGAGUCAAAAGCUGACUCUACGAGCACAAACAACCAAGAAGAAAAUCCAAAACUCGGUGAAUUUUACGUUUCACUCGAGCCGAGACGCGAGCGUCUCUCGAUCGACCAAGCUCGCAACAUGGGGCGCGUCCACGAACGUGAGGAAUUAUUACAAGUAAAUUACCGCUUGCCACGUAGUGAACCAUUCUUAAAUGGCUACUUCCAGCUCAUCUGGCGAGAACUUGGUGACGCUCGAAGCGAAGAACCGAACUAUGACCCUCAGAUCACGAGACUACGCGAUGAGAACUCGCACUUCUUGGAUCUAGAAGCUCCCCUUCAACCUCAACAGCCUCAGAUUCAGAAUAACCAACAAGAUCCAGCAGAGACCAAGGAUGUACCCUUUCCUCGACCCUUGGAUGAUCCUAACACAAGCUCCGUGGUGGAAGGCUGUUUCCCAGUGGAUGUGACCCACUUGCCUGCUGACAGCGUCUGCCACAUUCUGUUCAUUACUUGUGACAGGCACAUGCUCCAUCGAACGAUAGCGUUGAGUACUGAGGGCCUCGCGAUUCAAACUGCCGAUAUCGAGAGUGACGACUACUUCUCGGACUCAACAAGUGAAGAGGAAUUCGAAGAUGUUCAAGAACAGAAGCAAGAUACAGAAGCUAAGCAACCAGGUUACACUUUCUUCGUCGGAGGUGAGGAGUUCUCCCACCCGAAUUCGGUUUUCGCAGGUCAAAGUUUUGCCGAUGUGGAAGCUUUUGAGAGAUUUCUACGAGACUUGAGAGUGAAAAAGCAACGCCGUUUGCAAGAAAAACAAGAACAACAGGAAUGUCUGGAACAAGCCAGGAAGCAGGAUAUGAUCCGUGCACAGCAACAGGAAGCAGGUCAGGAGGAGGAGACAACAGCGAAUAAAAGCGAUGGAUCGGACACCUCAGCAACACGACAACAGGGGGACGAGGUUCGACCAGCUGAAGUGUCGAAUGACUCCAAGGAGCUGAGCAACAACCAGGAUGACGACGAUAUUGGAAACUAG